AUGCAGAUUUCUUGCAUUGAUUUUAUUCUUUUCCUUCCGCUCUUUCCUUACUCUCCUUUUCUUACUCUCCUUUCCUUACUCUCCUUUCUUUACUUUCCUUCUAUCCUUGCGCUCCUUUUUCCAAGCUUUCCUUAUGCGUCACUAAUCGUCUUUCUUUUCGCUUCUUUCAUCAUUGGUCUCCUAAUCUACUCAGUCCACGUUCCCUUACUCACCUCCUAUCCUUACUCUCCUCCUUUCCUUACUCUCCGUUUGUCUUUGUUCUCCUCCUUUCCUUACUCCCCGUCUUUCCUUGCUCUCCUCCUUUCUUUACUCUCCGUCAUUCCUUGCUCUCCUCCUUUCCUUACUCCCCGUCUUUCCUUGCUCUCCGUUUUUCCUUGCUCUCCGUUUUUCCUUGCUCUCCUCCUUUCUUUACUCUCCGUCAAUCCUUGCUCUCCUCCUUUCCUUACUCCCCAUAUUUCCUUACUCCCCAUAUUUCCUUGCUCUCCUCUUUUCCUUGCUCUUCUUAUUUCCUUAUUCUCUAUCUUUCUUUACUCCCCUCUUUUCCUUACUCCCCGUCUUUCUUUGUUCUUUUUCUUUCCUUACUCCAUGUCUUUCCUUGCUCUCCUCCUUUCCUUGCUCUCUCCUUACUCCCCGUCCUUUCUUGCUCUCCUCCUUUUCUUGCUCUCCUACUUUCAUUACUCUCAGACAUUCCUUGCUCUCCUAUUUUCCUUACUCUUCGUCUUUCCUAACUCUCCUCCUUUCCUUACUCUCCUUCUUUCUUUAUACUCUUUCUUACUUGUCUCUCCUAUUUUACUUCUGCCUGUUCUUUGCCUUUUUUUCUUUCUUGCUUUAUUUCUUUCUUUCUUUCUUUUAAUUUCUUUUUUACUUUAUUCUUUCUUUCCUUUCGUUAUUUUCUUUUUAUUUUCUUUCUUUAGUUUUUUUAUUUCUUUUUUACGUUCUUUCUUUCUUUACUUUCUUUCGUUACUUUCUUUCAUUCUUAUUUUCUUUAGUCUAUUUCUUUCUUUUUUAUUUCUUUCUUUUUUCUUUCUUUUUACUUUCUUUCUUCCAUUCUUUCUUUCUUUAUUUCCUUCCUUCUUUCUUUCUUUCAUUCAUUCUUUUUUCUAUCGUUAA